AUGGCGUCCGACAUGGAACCUCUCAUCUUCCCUCGAGCCCUUAACACUUGCACUGGGGGCAAGUUGUGGUAUGUCUGCACGGCAGGCCAGUUUAGGGGAUGCUGCUCAAAUGACCCGUGCACCACGGGCAUUUGUCUGGAUGACGACGCUAAAAACGAUGACGACUCGGGCACCUUGACGGACCAGUCUGACAUGUCGAUAACAACGACUCAGGUUAUUGCCAUGCUGCCGAGCGUAACGCCGAGGACCACCACUACAUCUGGGGCCACUCUGCCCCAGUCGACUACCGUAUCUACAACGGAUCCAUUCACUUUUUCAGUAACAUUAUCAGGUUCGGAGACAAUCCACAUCCCCAGCUGUAGCCACGACUUCACAAAAACCACUCGUGCCACUGGGGUUUCCUCAGUUCUGCCUGCUGGCAAAGUCACCAAAGUCACUGCCUCUCCUUCCAGUACCCCAUCCAACACUCCGAGAGCUGCAUCCUCGAAUCUGGGGGCAAUAAUCGGCGGUGUACUGGGAGGAGUUGCGCUUUUGGUGAUAUGUGCCGUGCUAAUAUUCUUCUGCUGUUGCCGCCACAAGAGGGAAUACGGCAAGCGACAAUACGGGAAACGCAAAGCAUUUGCCGCAUGGUAUCCAUAUAAAUUUGGUCGGAAAAAGCGAGGAGCUGCAUCUGAGAUGACGGCGCCCUGGUCCCCAUCAGACGCCGAGGCAAAUAGGUCAUUGAGCACCGUCUCUCAAUCGAAUAACACGCAGAGCACAGUAUUCCCCCCGGAGCAAUCCUUGCACUCAUCCACAACAGACCUAAUCUCCUACCCUUCCAGCCGAAUCCUUUUGAGAGGACCAACCGCUCGGGAUCCAAACGAACUCUUCAUCUCGGUCACACCACGCCUUGGCUUCACCUCAGAGCUACCAGACACAGCUUUCUGCCCUCUUCAUUCUGAACUAGCAACUCACUCUCAAAGCGAGCUGAUCAACCAAUCCCUCGAGCAACGACGACGCCAGCAGAAUGUUUACAGAGUCAGAGAUAGUCCACAGGGCGGUGAAUUGUCUGCUCUGUCACCUUCAGUCAAUCAAGCCACAAGACAAUCCGCCAGCUCGAGCAGGGGAAUCGACAGUAGCAGUGGCCAACUCAACGGCGGGACCCCGGAGCCAGAUCCAGUUGGACAAGUGAUCACUGCCGAGGGCGUUGUGCUAGCCGCAAAUCUAGAUCGAUACUCCAAUGGCCGGGAGAUUGGAGAGUCCCAGGCCCAAGGUCAGAGGGAGAGGCCGACUGAGUCUGGCGAUGAGAAUCAUGUUAUGAGCUUUAUGCAGUAUGGCGAGGGGUCUGAGACACGAGGUACAGAGCGCGGGCUUGGGAUUGCAAACAGUGAUCAACCUCCACAUACCGCUGUCCAUGAAGACAGUACGGCUGAGCCGAUACCUAGACCUGCGGAAAGUAGAUUUGUGGAGGAAAUUGUGGCCGUGGAGAGUGAAGCCGAUGUUCCGCCUGCAUAUGAGGCGCAAGACAGCUCUCCUGCACAUGACCUCAAGUCUCCGUCUGGGCGGAUGGAGAUGAGCACGAGAAAUGGUUGA